AUGCCACAACUUAAUGCCGCAACCUUCGCGUCGCCCUUUCCCCAUCGCACAGGGAAACGAACGAGCAACGUCCUGCAGGAAGUGUCGGUGCCCGUGGUCUCCCUGGCCGACUGCGACGCCACCUACGCGACCUUGGCGGGUCAGAGCGCCCGCCGAUUCCCGGAGGGGAUCACGGACCUCAUGCUUUGUGCGGGGGUGGAGGGGAAGGACUCCUGUCAGGGUGAUUCGGGAGGACCGUUGCUGUACGACAACCCGGUGACCAGGCGGUUUACGGUGGCCGGCGUGGUUUCCUUCGGGUUCGGCUGCGGAGCUGCGAAAUUCCCUGGAGUCUACACCAGAGUCGCUCGCUUUCGAGACUGGAUCGACGACGUUAUUAAUCCUCCCGUCCUGCUCUAAAUCAUGAUUCGUGGAAUGGAAUUGAUCUUUGCCAAAGACUAGCUUCCAUCGUGAAGGGAAUAAACGCAGCGAUAUUUUAGCCAUUCAUCAUCG